UCGCAAUUUAUAAUAAAUAAGACAUAUAUUGUGACAACAGAGACAAAAUGGAUCCUGAUUCAUGGAGCACGUGUCCCUUCUGUGAUUCACCAGUUCCUUCGUCUCAACUUCAAUUGCACGCCAAUGCUCAUUUUCAUGAUCCUGAGCUGCCCCAACAGCCCCUCCAAUCUCUUCCGAGUGAAUAUUGUAACUAUUAUGGUGGUGAGACUAGUAGAGAUAAAGAGGAAUGUUCAAUGGAUGAAAAAAUCUCUUGCUUGAUUGGUUUACAGACACGGAGCAAGUUUUACAAAGUUGAAUCGGGUUUAAUGACCUUGUUGAGAAACUGUCUGGAGUCUGAAACUGAGAAUUCGAAAACCGUUUUGUCCGGUUAUGUUGAUCAUUUCCAGAGCCUUGAUUCUGAGGAUGCUGGAUGGGGUUGUGGAUGGCGUAACAUUCAAAUGCUUAGUUCUCAUUUGCUAGCGCAGAGGCCGGAAGCAAGAGAGGUUUUGUUUGGUGGUUCGGGGUUUGUUCCUGAUAUCGUGUCGUUGCAGAGAUGGCUUGAGGUUGCUUGGGAAAAGGGUUUUGAUGCACCAGGAGCUUCUCAACUUGAUCAUGAUGUUUAUGGUUCCAAAAAAUGGAUAGGGACUACUGAAUGCGCUGCUCUAUUGCGUUCUUUUGGUUUUCGUGCAAGAGUAGUUGAUUUCGGUCCUAAGGAAUCUCAAUCUGUCGUAGGAACAAAUGUUGAUAACACGGACGAUAAAGCAAGUAGUGAGGCUUAUCAAGUUCUCAUGGAUUUUGUGUGGAAUUACUUUUCAGAUGAAAACACAGUCCAAUUCGGUUUGCAGCAUGUUGUGGUCGGCGAGAAAACGCCCUUGUACUUUCAACAUGAUGGUCAUUCAAGAACAAUCGUUGGCGUGCAAGCCAAGCAUCAACGAGAUGGAAUUCUAACGUAUAAUCUCCUAGUUUUGGAUCCUGCUCAUAGUAUAACUGCUCUUGAAAGAUCAUUAAAGAAGAAAAUGGGAUGGCAAAAGCUCAUAAGAAAGGGGACGAAUACACUGAAGAAGCCACAAUACCAGUUGUGUUACGUUGAUCCCGGAAUCGCUAGCGAGGAGGAGAUGGAAAAGCUCAAGACAAUGGAUAGUGUCUUCUUUGAAUUAUAGGCAAACAUGUAAAGCACUUUGUUACAUCAAGAUACCAGAUUUUUAGAGUUAUCAACCUAUGAGGUCUCGUCGAAGCUCUGUAGUCUGAAUAAUCUUGAAUAAAGUCCUGCAUCCACUGCAAUUAGAGUUGAGUGGGAGCCUGUCUCUACAAUUCUACCUUUUUCCAUGACGAUUAUGGUAUCCGAGUUUUUUACUGUGGAAAGUCUAUGAGCUAUUGUGAUCUGGGUGGUUCUCGAACACAAACCAGUUGCUUCCUUCAGAUUCAUUGCUUUAAUAGCAUUUACUAUAGUUCUUUCAGACUCAGCAUCGAGGGCACUCGUUGCUUCAUCAAGGAGUAAUAUUGCUGGCUUCUUUAGUAAGGUUCUUGCAAUGGCUAUUCUUUGCUUUUGUCCUCCUGAAAGCUGGCAACCUUUCUCUCCAACAACAGUGUUAUAUCCAUUUGGUAGAUUACUCACAAAUUCAUGUAUAUUUGCUUCUCUAGAAACCUCCACAAUUUCACUUUCAGAAGCCGAAUUAUUUCCAUAGCAAAUAUUGUCUCGAAUUGAGCAGUUAAAAAGCAGUGGCUCUUGUUGUACCAGUCCUAUUUGUGUCCUUAACCAUCUUAGGUUAUAUUCCUUCAAGUCUUUCCCAUCAAUUAGUACUUUUCCUUCCACUGGAUCAUAAAAUCUUAGUAAAAGGGCCAAAACUGACGAUUUUCCAGCGCCGCUCGGUCCUACAAAAGCCACCUUAGAUCCAGCUUCAAUUUUUAAACUGAAAUUGUCAAGAACAGUGACUGCAGGUCUUAAAGGGUACUUGAAAUUUACAUUUUCAAAUUCGACAGUUCCUUCGAUCCUCUCGGGUUCUGAGUUGUCCGGUAUAUCUGGUUCGAUUUCAGUUUUACGGUCAAGGGUUUUGAAUGCUGGGGUUAGCAUAUUGAUGGCAGUGAUGACAGUUGGGAUCAGUGUGUAUAAUUCUGUGAUAGAAGGAACUGUAAGAGAAAAUAUUUGGUAUGCUCUUAUUCCAUUUUCAAAAGAGGCUUGCCGUCUGUCGACCAGAAUUGUAGUGUACCACAAAGCAACAGCGUGUGCAAUGUUCCACAAGCAAAGGGAGAAGCCUUGGAUGAUCCCAUAUUUGAUACUUUCUUUUCUGUACUUUUUCUUUGGAAUGUCCAGAUAUGUUUUGGCUUUCUUCAGUACUUGUUCUUCAUGACAAAAUGAUGCUAUAGUCCUUAUAUUGGUUGUGGACUCAGAUGCAAGAGCGACAAGGUCUGAAUGUGUAGCCGAGUAGUCGCCUGAAAAUCCUUUGGCGGACUUGGCUUGAAUGAGACCACCUAUGAAGUGGCAGGGCAUCACAGCCCAUGCCACCAAACCCAUUCUCCAGUUGACAUACAUGCUAACAGAUGUUGCUAUAAGUAUGGAGGAAACACAUUGCACAAUGACGGACAUGCGAUCAGCAAUUAUGAUUUUGACCAUGGCAGUAUCGCUGAUGAUGCGUGAAGUUAACGAACCGACAGUGUUGUCAGGUUUGUCAAACCAGCCUACUUCAUUACGAAGCACACCUGUAAAAGUUUAAAUCAUUAUCGACUGAUUUUUGUUAAAUCAUACUGCGAUUUUACGUAUAUAAUGCUUUGUUGUAGGCUUUUUAGCUCACGCUGAGAGUUCUUUCUUCCUUCAAUAAAAGAGAGCUUAGGUAUGUAGAAAUUCUGAUAGGGAAUAUCCAAUACCUGAAUACAAAGCACGUCUGAAAUUUGCCAUGGCCUUUUCUCCAACCACUCCAAAGAAGUAAUGCUGGAAGGUGUGGCUAAAUAAUGAAAGCAACCCUAUUCCAGAGAAGAUUGCUGAGAACAUUCCAACUUUUCGUUUUGCAUCUUCUUCAAAGUAUGCUACUCCGAUGGUGAUGAUGUAGAAACCGAAAAACGGCUUUGAGAUGCCAGAGAAAGCUGCUGCAAACGAGCCAAUAGCAAUCUUCACCAGCUCCUUCUUUUUUAAAUCAAACCAUAUUCUGAAAAAUAUAUUUUCUUCUCUUAAGCUCGUCUUGUUUUGUUCCUCCAGUACAGAAUGGUCUGUAAGAUCUCUUUGGACCUCUCUCUGUGUCUCCGGCAAUGGUCUAGUUUCAUCAAUAGUGCCUACUUGGCGGGCACUUUUAUUCUUGGAAGUUGUAGUUCUAUCCAUUAAACAUUUAAAUCUGGUUAGAGUUGUCCAUUGAGUGCCAUCGGUUCAAUAUCAGAAUAUGAAUAUAAAGUGGUUAAUUACCUUAGUUCAGGAACUGAUUCAAGGUUCUGCAUGCUGAAUAAUGUACUAUAAAAUUUGCUCGUGUCUAACAAACUCUGGUGUGUUCCUAUCUCUAUGAUUUGUCCAUUCUCCACGACAGCAAUCAUAUCUGCAUUUACAACUGUUGAAAGCCUGUGUGCAAUCAAGAUGACAGUCCUUCCCUCUAUCGCUGUGUCAAGUGCUUCUUGAACCAGCUUUUCCGAUUCUGAAUCAAGGGCACUAGUGGCCUCAUCAAGCAAAAGAAUAGGAGGAUUUUUCAGAAUGGCUCUUGCAAUUGCAAUUCUCUGCUUCUGACCUCCUGAUACUUGAACGCCCCUUUGUCCUACCUGUAAUUUCAGGCACACAUAUGUUGCGAUUAAUGUUGUGAAUGGAAAAAAAAUGUAGCCUGAAGACGCGUUUGAAAAUACAUCAAAAUAUAAUUAAUGUAUACAAAGUAUGCAAGUUAAUAGAAAAAAAUACAAAAUCAGAGAAGCCGCAAUUGUGCUAACAACAAAAGUGACAUGCUAGAUUAAGUAGCUCACCUCAGUUAGGUACUGAUUAGGAAGCUGUGAUAUGAAAGAGUGUGCAUUAGACAUCAUUGCUGCCUUUUGAAUCUCUUCGUCAUCUGCAUCCAUUUUUCCCAGUUUCAAAUUAUCCUUAAUAGUGCCCGUAAAGAGCGAUGGUUCUUGGUAUACAGCCCCUAUAUUACUUCGAAGAAACUGCAGAUCAAGGUCCUUGAUAUUGUGACUGUCAAUAAAAAUUUCUCCUGGAAUGUAUUGAACAAUAUCAGGCUUGGCUAUUUGCAUUCAAGAUUACACAAUCAGUUCCUACACUUCUAUUAUUCUAAUGCACUAACCUCUAGUGGGGUCAUAAAACCUAGUUAUCAGGGAAAUGACAGUGCUCUUUCCGCAUCCGCUGCUACCAACUAGAGCUACUGUCUUUCCUGCUGGUAUGGACAAUGACAGUCCUUGAAGGAUAGAUUUCUCUGGCCGUGACGGGUAUGAAAAGUGAACAUCUCGAAGCUCAAUGUAACCGCUAAUCUUCGUAGGAAUCUUCCCUUUUGAUUCAUUAUGUAUAAGUGGCUUUCUUUGGAUCACUUGAAAGACCUCAUACCCCGCAGCUUUUGCCUGAUUGAAUAUUUGCAUGUCUGGUGCUGCAUAAGUGAUAGAUCUGCAAUUCAAAAAAGCAACUUUUGUUACUGCACACUGUUAACCUUUAUUUUCAUUCUAAAACUAGCAUGAAGUUUAUUGCUUCCUUACAUGGCACCAAAAAGAAUACUCAUUACUGCAGCUAUUAUAUCUCCUCCCUUUGCUCUCCCGGCUCUGACAACAACGGCUCCAACCCAUAUAAUCAGAGACCAAGAACAAAAACUCACAGUUUGAAACAUUCCUGUUCCAACUCCCUUCACAAGUGCCUCCCCUUUGCUUAUGACAUACUGUUUAUCCAUGUUCUCUGUGAAGGAUUUGACUGCCAAACCCUCUCCAACAAAAGCAUAUACUGUUUUUAUUUGUGAUAUGGUCUGUCAUAUUAUCAGUUUCAGAGUUUUGUUAUAAUCAGCUAUGUGACAAUAGAUUAGACUAAAAGUAUUCUUGAUAUUGAAGACUUGGCUUGUGUAUAUAUAUAUAUGUGUAUAAAAUGCACAAUUUGUCAUGUUGUAAAUCAUAGUAUUGCACUAUGCAUGGAUCAAUGUUGUAUACCUGUUCUAUCAUAGACGUGGCUUCAGAAUGGUAAAACAAUUUGGUAGUUGAGAUUCUGUUCAUUUUUUUAGUGUAACUUGCUCCAAUUAUGAGAAUAAGAGGGACAACCACUAAACAUAGAAGUGCUACUUCCCAGCAGGAUAUCGCGGCGAUCACAAUUCCAGCGAAGAAAGUUGCGCAGCUAGAGGUAAAGUGACCCAACUGUGAGCAAGAACUUCACUUGCUUGGUUCAGUCAUAAAAAGAAAGUGAUGACUUUUCCACUUGUUAAUUCUGUAUCAAAAGCUCCUAUCUCUUGGCUUA